AUGUCGAUCAUUGGCAUUGGUGGCAGAAAAUCAACAACUACUCGAGGCAUUGUGUCAUUGACGUUGCAUUCCAACUACAGCAACGCAUCAGUGAGACUCAGAGCUCACGUUCUUCCAACAUUGACGACCAUCUUGCCAUCAACCAACGUGGAUCAUCAAGAAUGGCCUCAUCUCAAAAAUCUCAAGCUCGCUGACCCAGACUUCAUGGUGCCUCGCUCAAUCGACGUGAUCAUCGGUGCAGAUUCCUACGGGCAUGUCAUCAAGCCCAAUCUCAUCAAGGGUUUACCAUCAACGCCUAUCGCUCAACUCUCAAUCUUUGGUUGGUUGGUUAUUGGACCAGUGGGCUCAGCAUCAACUCGAGCGCUCACAUCUCACCAGGUUUCAACUCAAGAAGAAGAAGAAUCGUCUCUCCAACAUCUCUUGACGAAAUUCUGGACACAGGAAGAGGUUCCAAUCACCAACCAAUCUCAACGCACCCCUAAAGAGCAAGAGUGUGAGGAUCACUUCAGAACAACUCACUUGCGGGAUCCGGAUGGGCGAUACAUCGUGCGCAUCCCUCUCAAACUGCCUUCAACCAUGUUGGGAAACUCGUACAACAUCGCUCAUGCUUGUUUGAAUCGUACUCUACGCAAGCUCAAGAGGAAUGAAGAAGAUCUUCACCUCUAUCAAGAGUUUAUGGAGGAAUACGAGAAUCUGCAGCACAUGAAGAGAGCAUCAUCGCGCUCAUCUCAACACUCAACAACUUUCUAUCUGCCUCAUCAUGGUGUUUUGAAACCAGACAGCACGACUACGAAGCUGAGAGUUGUCUUCAAUGGCUCAAGCUCAACAUCUUCUGGAUAUUCUCUCAACGACAUCAUGCACACUGGUGAAAACCUACUGCUCAACAUCACUGACGUGCUCCUAUGGAUUCGUCAGCACAGAUACACAUUCUCAACCGAUAUUACCAAAAUGUAUCGGCAAAUCAGAGUGCAUGAAGACGACUGGGAUCUGCAAAGAAUAUUGUGGGUGGAUAAGGACCUGCAAGAGACUCAAUUUCAGCUCACUACGGUCACCUACGGUACCAAGGCAGCACCGUAUCUUGCGGUCAGAACAUUGCUGCAAUUAGCUGAGGAUGAAGGUCAUCAUUAUCCUCUGGCCGUACCAUCGAUCACUCAUGCCAGAUAUGUCGACGACAUCUUUGGAGGAGCAGAUUCACCAGAAGAUCUCAAGAAACUCGCUCAUCAGCUUCAAGGUCUGUGCAACGCGGGCGGUUUCCCACUUGCUAAGUGGCAUUCAAACUGCCCCGCGCUACUCGAAGCCAUCUCACCUGAAGCUCAUGCUCAAGGCUCAUCACUCUCAUUGGACGACUGCAAAACCAAAAUACUCGGAAUGCAAUGGAAUUUUCUCAAGGAUACAUUUACAUUCUCAUCGAAGGAGGACUCAUUCUCACCCCCAACCAAGAUAAGUAAACGCCUCAUACUAUCUCAAGUAGCACAGAUAUUUGAUCCACUUGGUUUCCUCUCACCGGUCAUAAUUCGCUGUAAGAUUUUAUUGCAAGAAUUAUGGCUGCACAAACUCAACUGGGAUGAAUCACUACCAUCCCACAUCACAGCACGAUGGCUCAUCCUCAGAGAAGAUCUCACAAGUCUGGCCAGACUCUCAAUUCCACGCUGGUUCAACACCUGUCAAGACUCAGUGGUGGAAAUACACGGUUUCUCUGAUGCAUCUCAGCUCGCCAUGGCAGCCGUGAUCUACAUCACGGUCUUCUCACCGUCCACAAAUCUCAAGGUGACGUCACAGGUGUGCGCCAAGACGAAGGUCGCACCUCUCAAGAAACUCACUAUCCCGAGACUGGAGCUCACAGCAGCUCUUAUGCUUGCAAGGCUGGCAAGCUAUGUUCAAGCGAAGCUCAAUCUCAACAUUGCUACAACUCACUUGUGGACGGAUUCUCAAGUCACACUCAUAUGGAUCAAAUCUCACGCAUCACGCUGGAAGGAUUAUGUGAGAAACAGAGUAUUGGCGAUACAAGAACUCACACCUGAGGCACAUUGGGGGUAUGUGUCUGGAACAUCGAAUCCAGCUGACUGCGCAUCACGAGGCCUUUCAACUGCUCAGCUUGAACAUCAUCAGCUAUGGUGGACGGGACCACCAUGGCUUACUCAACCCCAGGACUCAUGGCCAUCACAACCGAAGCUCAAGGACGCCUCAUGUGCACUAGAAGCGCGUCCAAGUAUUCCUACUGCGCUCAUCUCCCAAAAGAUCGAGUAUCAGUGGGAUCUCAUUCACAAAUACUCAACGCUCAAGAAACUUCUCACCAUCACUGCUAUUUGUUUCAGAUUUAUAGCAAAAUUAAAAGGGGUCCACUGCUCACCAGCCUAUACCUCACACUCGCCGAGUGAUCUGGAAGAUGCUCAGAAAUUCUGGAUCAGGGCAACUCAGACCAUCUACUUCGCUCAUGAAAUGAAGAUGCUCACCUCACACUCAUCGCUGCCUUCAUCUCAUGCCUUCAGUCACCUGACUGCCUUCAUUGAUGAUAAGGGAAUCAUCAGAGUCGGCGGACGAUUGGAAAACUCUCAGCUCCGCUACGAGGAUCACGCUCACAAACAAACUCUUCAUGGUGGAACUCAACUCACACUCGCCUACAUUCGACAAACCUACUGGAUCAUCGGAGGAAGAGCUCCAGUCAAGGCUCAUAUUCUGCGUGGAUUUAAUAAGAAAGGAAAGAAGAAAAUUAUAUACCCAGAUGUAUCUUCCGCCACCCGCCCAGAAGUAUCUGUAUCGGCACCACCACCACUUAGUUCUCAUACACGCCAGAAUACUCCAGAAGAUCAAAUCGAAACAACAAUUGAAGAAACAGAAGAUUAUGAAAUAGAGUGUGCAGCAUCAUCGAAAGAACCGCAUCUUUUAACUCAAUCCGACCUUAACGAUCUCGUGCGAGACUUGGAUUUAUCAAAAAAUCAAGCAGAGCUUUUAGCAUCUCGUCUACAGGAAUGGAAUUUGUUGAACAAAGCAACCAAAGUGACAUGCAUGAAAAGCUUUGUGUUUGCACUGAUGUAG